GAUGUGAAUUGGGGAACGGAAAGGGAAGGAUUUCGGGGUCAAAGGCUUAGUAUCGGCUGCGAUGAGUCGGGGCCAGAUCUGUCCUACUCAAUAAAUGGAAUAAAUGGUGCAAUUUAUUUGAGAUGAUAUCGAAACCUGACACCAGCUAGGUGUCAUCAUCCCUUCAAACCCUACUCCCUUCUAGCACUGAUGGUAUUACCUAGUUGGGUCAUGAAACAUCUGCAGGAAACCACAAAGCUCAGAAGGACCCACAGUCCUCCUCCUCCUCUCCCUCCUCCUGUCCACAACCCCCUUCCUUCUAGCACUGAUGGUAUUUACCUAGUUGGGUCAUGAAACAUCUGCAGGAAACCACAAAGCUCAGAAAGGGCCAAGGGCCCUCAUAAACCAUGAUUCCUAGUUUGUUGUGUUGUGUGCACCAAGCUCACCAAGCUUAGUGCAGACCCCACAGUUAAAGGCAACACAAUUUAGCAAGGUGUGUCAUCCAAAACCAGCUGUCCUAGGAGGUAGACUUGAGAUGGGGGAGAGGGAAGGAGGGGUUUGAAAGGAGGAGAAGGACCUCUUUCUCCUUUACUUGCUAUUUUGGGGACGCAAGGUGGCAUUAUCCCAGUUCUGUCCAGGAUAACACUGGGCUCACCUGCCUUUCCCCCCCCCCCACCUUAGAGACUAAAACUGAAAAUUAUCCCUGUAUCUGUUUCUCUGGAAACUAUGACGUCCUUCGGCAGCUCCGAGGGCAGGACAUGCAGGAAAGGCUCCCUCCCCACCUCCCCACCCCAAAGAGGCGAAAAGACACCGGAAUUGAGGGGAGGGAAGGCGGGGUGGUUGCCUGGCAACCCCCUCCCGAGGAAUAAGGCUGCCUUGUGUGCAAAGAGGCUUGUCUGUGGCUUGCGAAGAAUCGAAAACCAACCUCAAAUCCAGCCCAACGUCUCUUUGUUAACUGGGAUGGAGAUGCAGUUUUUUUGUUUUUGUUUUUUUAAAUCAAUGGACUUUUAGUUUCACUGGGGCGUAAAUUCAUCGGCUCUUUCUGCCUCUUGGAGGGAGAAUUCCAUGGGAAAAGUUUCUAGGCCUGCUGGGGGAAUUUUUGAAGACCCUCCAAGUAGAGACGAAUUCAUCCGUCCUUUAAAAAGAGAGAAAGGAAUAUCCCUCGCCUGUUAAAACGGAUGGUUGGCAUGACCCCAACGCGCAGGCAAAGAUAUCGCUGCUUCAAAGGAAGCUUCCCAUCGUCCUGGACGUGGCGUGGAUGCUAAGGAUCAGGGUGGGGAGGGUUUAUGAAUCACAGGGUCCCACCCAACCGAAGGUACCAGCCCACGGAGUAUGAACACGCAGCCAACUGUGCCACCCAUGCGUUCUGGAUUGUCCCAAGCAUCCUUGGUAGUUCAGUUCUCUACAUCCUCUCGGACAAUCAGUGGGAGGCCAUUUCUGCUUGGAUCUAUGGCUUCGGCUUGUCGGGACUCUUCAUCGUCUCCACCACGUUCCACACCAUCUCCUGGAAGAAACGGCACUUAAGGACCGUGGAGCACUGCCUGCACAUGUUCGACAGGAUGGUGAUUUACUUCUUCAUUGCAGCUUCCUACGCUCCUUGGCUGAACCUGCGGGAGCUGGGUCCUUGGGCCUCCCACAUGCGCUGGAUCAUCUGGAUCAUGGCCUCGGGUGGGACCCUCUACGUCUUCUUCUUCCACGAACGGUACAAGCUGGUGGAGCUGCUUUGUUACCUGAUAAUGGGGUUUUUCCCUGCUUUGGUCAUUCUCUCCAUGCCCAACACGGAAGGUCUGGUGGAGCUGAUGGCUGGUGGCAUCUUCUACUGCUUCGGUACCAUCUUCUUCAAGAGCGAUGGACGCAUUCCCUUUGCCCAUGCCAUCUGGCAUCUCUUUGUGGCAUUCGGAGCUGGGACUCAUUACUAUGCUAUUUGGAGAUACCUCUAUCAGCCUGAUGCUCUUGAACCUCACAUCUCCAGGUAGUUGCCUUAAGGACUCCAAGUCACAGGUUCAAAGGGAGGAGAUCCUUCCUUCGUUCUUUGGUAUCUUCUGGAAGGUUGGUCCUACUCCUCCGUCUUCUUCAGGACCUCCAAGGUGAGAUGGUGGCUUUUAGACUGGACUCCUUGCCCAGGCUCAGAACUUUGAAGAUGGAACUACAAAAGAAUGGUGGCAACGCGUAAUAUUAUUCUUGGAUGAAAGUUCUGACAUGAAAGGAACAAUGGAUGGGUCUUAGUGAAAAGGACAGUUAGGAAGUAACCACUGGAAACGUCUGCUACAACUCGAGAACCCAGGAAGUCAACCGAGAAGCAAGAAACAUCUCAAGAGGUUGGUCGGAGAGACUUUUAAGGGUCCAUGGGUUCCAUGGUUGUGUUUCCAUUCUCUCUCCUACCCCAAAAAUAAGUCCUCUGCUGGCCUUCUAUUCUACCUCUUAUGAUGCAGUUAGUUGACCCUCUCUCUAAGUCAUUCCAAGCAGAUUGUAGAGGUAGAAUUGUCACGGCUUUGCUGUCUGACGUAACCUUCCGUGAGGUCAAGAUCUCUUGAUGAUUAAAUGGGAGGUAAUCAUGUUAGAUAUCCGUGUAACUUUAAAAUGUUGGCAUCCAACCAAUUCUGAAGCCCUUUGACCGUGUCAUUCUGAAGAGAUAUGGCGAGAAGGUAGAUGGGGUCAUGUUCCUUUAGAAUGAGAUGGUGCAAGGGACCAUGUUCCUUCAGGAGAAGAUGGUGGAAGGGACUACCUUCCUUCAGACUGUGGAAUGGACCAUGUUCCUUCAGGAUGAGAUAGUGGAAAGGACCAUCUUCCUUCAGGAGGAGUUGGUGGAAGGGACCAACUUCCUUCAGGAUAAGAUGGAAUGGACCAUGUUCCUUCAGGAUGAGAUAGUGGAAAGGACCAUCUUCCUUCAGGAGGAGUUGGUGGAAGGGACCAACUUCCUUCAGGAUAAGAUGGAAUGGACCAUGUUCCUUCAGGAUGAGAUAGUGGAAGGGACCAUCUUCCUUCAGGAGGAGUUGGUGGAAGGGACCAACUUCCUUUGGAUAAGAUGGAAUGGACCAUGUUCCUUCAGGAUGAGAUAGUGGAAGGGACCAUGUUCCUUCAGGAUGAGAUAGUGGAAGGGACCAUCUUCCUUCAGGAGGAGUUGGUGGAAGGGACCAACUUCCUUCAGGAUGAGAUAGUGGAAGGGACCAUGUUCCUUCAGGAGAAGAUGGUGGAAGGGACUACCUUCCUUCAGACUGUGGAAUGGACCAUGUUCCUUCAGGAUGAGAUAGUGGAAGGGACCAUCUUCCUUCAGGAGGAGUUGGUGGAAGGGACCAACUUCCUUCGGAUAAGAUGGAAUGGACCAUCUUCCUUCAGGAGUAGUUGGUGGAAGGGACCAACUUCCUUCAGGAGAAGAUAGUAGAUGAGACCAUGUUGCUUUAUGUCCUCUUUCCCCCAAUUCCCUCUGUGUAAAACUUCCUCACAAAUCCCAACUAGCAGUGUCAGCAUUGAGUAGGCUCUGGAUUUCUCUCUCUGUCGAUAUUUACUAGCUGGAGAAGGCAAAAACCAGUCAACCAACCCUCCCAAUAUUCUGCAACAAUCCAGGGUAUGACCCACUUUAGGAUUCUGACUACCUCAUGAUGCUUCAUGGAUCGAGUAGAUCUUUGGUAUUGUCACAAGCUUAAGAGUUCUCAGAGGCCGUUAGUCCUUUUUUAAAGCCUGCUUAGUAUAAUUUUGGCUCCUUAAGAGUGAUUACUCAUACCUGAAUCACGGGCAGUUAUGAUUUAAGUCUUCUCCCCCAAGGAGAAUACGAGUGAGUUUAAAAACUGGGUUGAUUAAGGGGUUUCCAACCUUGAGAAAUUUAAGACCUGUGGACUUCAACUUCCAGAAUUUUAAGACUUGUGGACUUCAAUUCCCAGAAUUUUUUGGCUGGCUGAGGAAUUCUAGGAGUUGAAGUCCACAAGUCUUAAAGUUGCCAAGGUUGGACACUCAUGAUUGAUAGCUUUCCCAUUCACGAGAAGACUAAGGUGUCUCUCUCUCUCCAUCAUGUCAAGUUGACUUCUGGAGACCUCCUGUGGUUUUCUUGACCGCCUGAUGGAAGUAAUUUGCACCGCCCUCUUCCAGUAUAAGGUUUUCAGUUUCCACUCUGUCCUUCAGCACUGGGAUUCUCCAUCGGAAUCUCAUCCAAGUCUUAACCAGGCCCGACCCUGCUUAGCUUCCCAGCUUCAAGGACACCAGCCUUGCUGUCAAUUCCGUUAUGGACCCUUCAACCAAAUCAGCUUGGAUUCCUUGAAAUCUCUCUUUGUGGCUAAUUCUGACUUGAUUUUUCUGUUUUGUGACCGUUUUGUACUCUUAUCAUCAGGGGAAUGAAAAGGGUGACACCGAUCGCCCGAGCGUUUUGUACUAACUUUUCAUGACUUUGUAACUUUAAAAGAAUGUCGGUGAAUUUUUGAAGAAGUUCUGCAUUUUAAACCACUUGUCUCUUAUUUAAACAUAAGUAUUUUAUAUUUAACACAGUAUUAUUUAAGACCGGUGGUAAGAAAAACCACGUUAGCGAAGAGGGAUUUCUUGUGGAAUAAGGUUUAAAUAAUAAUAAUAAAAAAUAAUAACUUC